ACAGACAACUGUACGCGUAUAUUAUUUGUGGCUGAUCCACAGCUGAUUGGCAAUUCUUACGAAAAAGGCUUUUGGAGCCCGAUAUCCCGUUAUGAUGCAGAUAGAUAUUUGCGCAAGACUUUCGAGCGAUCGCUACACUUCACUCAGCCACAUAUCAUUUGUUUUUUGGGUGAUCUGUUGGACGAGGGUAGUAUUGCCACACAGCAAGACUUCGAUGCCUAUGUAAGACGUUUUCAUCGCAUUUAUAACACACACACAGAUGUAAAACGCAUUCAUGUGCCGGGGGAUAAUGACAUUGGCGGCGAAGAUGGUGAAUAUAUAUCAAAUUCGAACGUGCAUCGUUUCGAAGAAGCUUUUCAAAGUGAGGAUCUCUUCGAUUACGAAAAUAUGUUACGUUUCUUCAAAAUCAACCGAAUGAUGCUCGACUUUACGAAUCCAGAUCGUGAGCACAACAAACAACGGCUGCGCGUUGGAAUAUCCCAUGCUCCAAUUCUAAUUGGAGGUGGGCCACUUUUGCGUUCAGUGCUCAGCGAAUUAGACCCACAUGUCAUAUUCUCUGGACACUGGCAUGAAUCCAGGAUUUUCAUACAUCCAUCGACUCACGUAGUGAAUUUCUAUGAGUCGACGGUACGACACUUUGAUUUGCGUGGCCUAAAAGAAAGAGAGCAUCAGUACUUGGAGAUUAUGGUGCCAACAGCUUCGUAUCGCAUGGGCAAAACGAAGAUGGGACUAGGAUAUGCUGUGUUAGAAAAUUACCAACUUAGAUACACAGUUCUCUGGCAGCCCAGCCGUUUUAUUUACCUAUUUCUAUACUUGUUUUGGCUAAUUCUAUCAUUGUGUGGCUUUAUUGUGUUUCGAAUGAUGACACGAUGUCCUUUUCGUGUAGCCAAACGUCAAUCGGCAUACAAUCGUAUUUUAAGCGUAACUCAGUUUUAGAGAUUUUGAAGACUUUGAAAAAAAAUAUAUAUAUGUAUAUACAAAGACCAAUAAGCAACUGAUAUAUAUUAGAUAGCAAAAUAGUAAAAAAAACGCGCAAAUGCUUCGUAACGCGCAAAUGAGGUAACCAUGUAAACCUCGUAAACUUACUUAAUUUUGUAUAGAAAAUAUGGUUAUUUACGAGGUUUACGAGGUUACGAGGCAUUUACGCGUUUCCAUGAAUACCCAUAAUAUUAGAUAGCAAAAUAGUAAAAAACGCGCAAAUGCCUCGUAACGCGCAAAUGAGGUAACCAUGUAAACCUCGUAAACUUACUUAAUUUUGUAUAGAAAAUAGGGUUAUUUUCGACGUUUUCGCGGUUACGAGGCAUUUACGCGUUUCUAUGAAUACCCAUAAUAUUUAUAUAUAUUUCGUAGUUUAAAGUACAGAACCGCGUAUCAUCAUUCUGCAAAACUGCGUAACUGACAUUUGCUGCCAAAAAUU